CUUCCAGACGAGAAAGUCGGAACUUUUCGCCUCCGGCAGUAGUUUCGGAACGCCGCGGGCCGGAAGUGAGCGCGUCGAGGGAGAUUCGAUUUCCUUUUUCCCCGUGGCCGGCGUGGAGUUUGUUUUGCGCUUGUUCAGCGUCGGUGGCAGUUAUGAAGAAUAAUAAGCAUUUCCAUAAGGUGGCUGCUGAGAAGCUAAUGGAAACUUGCCCAGGCCAGGCCCGGUAUCUUCUCUGGAUGUACAAUUCGUCACAGGAUGAAAAGUCAAUUUCAGAAGGCCAGUGUCCAUAUUGUUACCAGUUUCUGGUGCUGGAUAGAUACAGAGUUCGCCUCAAACCCAAGCCAAAACUAACACCAAAAGUAAAGAAACUUCUUAAUCGAGAAUCAAAAAAUUGUAGACUCACUUUUAAAGAGGCAAAGAUUCUUAAAAAGUACUGGGACUCCAAAAGUGUUCUGUUGGUUACCUGCAAAACAUGCAACAAAACAGUAAAGUAUAAUGGUAAAAGCAGAAGCUUCCUGGCAGAAAUGAAAAAUAAUCUUAGCACUCCCACAAACAAAUCUGGCAUGAAGACACCGGAUAUAAAAGCUUCAGGAUCUGCAAAGAAAAAGAAGAAAUCCUUCAGCAGUAAUAACUCUGGUUCCAGAAACAAUAGUCCAGCGUUAAUUUUCAGAACACCUACGUCUGGACAGUCAACACCUGGUUCAUCUUCAAAGAGUCUCAGUAAAAUGAAACGUCAUUUGUCACAGCUGAAAAUGAUGCUUAAUAGUGAAGAAAGCCAAAAGACUCCAUCAAAGGAUUUCAGAAAUUUCUUGUCCUCACUCUAAGUAGUAUAUUUGGUGAUAAACAUUAAUAGUUGUUGACAUUGGAGCAGUUGCUGAAGGAGUUGCUUUGUCCUCACAGCAGCAAACAAUUAUUUUUGACGUCCUUUUCAGUACUUAUUAAUCGGUGUUUCUGGAGUCCCUGGCACAUAGCAGGAACUUAAUAAAUUUCUAGCAAGUUGUACUUGGCCUCCCUGGAAAGAUACCACCAUGGGAAGGAUAACUGAAAUCUGUUCUAGCUAAUACGUUAUAUAUGUAACAUAUAGUAAGGUGGUGUUUAUUAAAAUUGUGAUGUUGGGGGCAGCUAGGUGGUGCAGUGGAUAAAGCACCAGCCCUGGAUUCAGGAGGACCUGAGUUCAAAUCCGACCUCAGACACUUGACACUUACUAGCUGUGUGACCCUGGGCAAGUCAUGUAACCCCCAUAGCCCUACAAAAACAAACAAAAACAAAUAAAAAUGUGAUGUCAAAUCAGUUACCAGCUUUAGUCACUUAUAUACUUCCUGUUCUUAAGAAAAUUGAGAUUUACUACCAGAGCGUCUACUCAUUCUUAAGCAUUUCUUCCAAGAAUUAGAUCAUCUUUCCUCAUUCAUUCUACUGCAUUAUUGGUUUGUACUGAAAACUGGGUAUACUAAUGUAUUUGUUAAUAGAUAUAAAUACAUGCAUCUUUUAGUCAUAUUUCUCUUCCCACCCCUGGUUUAUUCUUGGAAAAAUCUAUAGCAAUAUUUUACCCCAAAAUACUUUAUUUUCUAGGUCCUUCCCUCCCCCAAAGUUUUCCAAACUAAAUAUCCAGUUUCUGCAACCAAUUCUCAUAGCUUAAAAUCUUGAGGCACUUCAUUCCAUUCAGUCCCACUAAAUAAAUAAAUGAAUAUUA